CGACUACCGCGCAAAGCUCGUUCUGGCCCCGAUGGUCCGUAUAGGUGAGCUUCCAACCCGUCUUCUGGCUCUCAAAUAUGGUGCGGAUCUUGUUUGGGGACCAGAAAUCAUUGACAAACGGCUCGUUCGCGCUGAACGGGUCUACAAUCCAAUUCUUAAUACGGUUGACUUCAUUCAAAAAGAUGGCAACAAAAAGGUGCCAGGAACCACAGACCUUGUUUUCAGAACGUACAGAAAGCUGGAGCAGGGAAAGUUGAUUUUCCAGCUCGGCACCGCAAGCCCAGAACUAGCUGUGCAGGCUGCCAAAAUCGUGGCCGCCGACGUCGACGGCAUAGACAUCAACGCAGGCUGCCCGAAACACUUUUCUGUUCAUUCGGGUAUGGGGGCAGCUUUGCUCAAAACCCCAGACGUUCUAUGCUCUAUUUUGUCGUCUCUCGUGGAGCAAGUCGGUAAACCUUUCGAAAAACCAAUAAGCGUAAAGAUCAGACUCCUGCCAGAACAAGAGCAGACCCUGGACCUUGUGCGCAAACUGGUCAAGACAGGAAUUGCGAAUCUAACUGUUCAUUGCCGCACGCGAGAAAUGAGAAAUGGCCAGCCCCCAAUCAGAGAUUAUAUUCACAAAAUCAAAGAGAUCUGUGUUGAGGCAGACGUGAGCUUGAUAAUCAACGGCGGGAUCAAGAGCUACCAGGAGUUCAAGGAAAUGCAGGAAAAGUACGGAAGUGAUAUCAGCUGCAUGAUUGCUUCCAAAGCAGAGACCAAUCCAACUGUGUUCAAUCCUGAAGGUCCGCUUCCAUGGCCUAAGCUUGCCAAAGAGUAUGUCAGAUUUGCAAAGCAAUUCAACAACUCGCGAACUAACUCGAAGUAUUGUCUUGCAGUCAUGAUGCCUAACACCAGGGGGAAGAACGUGAUAUGCAGGCUCGUGAGUCAGGCUAAGGAGAACGAUGAGAUCUAUGACGCUGUGCUCAACAAGAUGGAUGACGAGGGUAAGUACAUUGGUGACGAGAUCCAGUACAAUGAUGCAGAGGUCGAAGAUAGACAGGAGUUAAAGCGCAAGCUGGAUUUGGAAGAGGCAGAAAGCCUCAAGCGCAUAAGAGUGUAGAUAAAUACAUCCUCCCAUUGACUAUCUUCACGUAGUUUUGUUGGCGUUCCUGUAAACCUGCAACACUUUGUACGCUCUUCCCAUGUCCUGUGGAGCAGAUCCAGUGAGGCGUUGGUAGAGCGUCUCGAAUCGCUGCUGUUGUUCCUUCGUGCUUGAUGCAAGUCCGCCCAAGAUGAGGGGCAGUCCGGAAGAGUUGAGAAAUUGGCUCUGUGUUUCUAUUGUUGUCUUCAGCCUCUGCGACUCAAACAGACGGCUAAGCCCCAAAAAGUCAACGUCCACAGAGAGGUCAAUUUUGCCAGGCUCCCAAAACGGGUCCACAAAUUUAUGGUCCUUGAUGCCUCGCAGCGAAUUAAUCGGGAUUGUAUCCUUUGGGCCGUAGUCUAUGAUCACUGCUCCACCCACGUCACCUGAGUUGAUUAUUCUGGCAAAUUGCGACGCAUACAUGUGGGCAUCCGCUGAGAUCUCCACGUUGGCCCCGACGGCCAAUUUAUUGUAGCGGUCGUCGGUUGCCGGAAUGAACGAGCCCGGCGUGGCAUGGGGAGCUACCACAAGCCCAAACUUCCCUCGUCUGUCUGCUUCUGGCUCCCGCACAUCUACCAAGUACUCUCGCCAUCCGUGUUGGGUCUUGAUGUAUCGGUCGAUGGGCAGGGCGUCGAAGAAUUCGUGAGCAACAACAAAGUUCAUGUACUUGGAGUCCAGAUCCAUAUCAACAAGGUCGUUUUUCUGCCAUGCGAUCGGCUGCCCCCAUUCUGUUAUACUUUCGAAGUUGUAAUCGUCGACCUGUUCGAGCCUUUGAAACUUGCAUAGCAGUUUGUGCUGCUCCCUGAUGAGAAUAUCAGAUUUCUCCACCAUGACAAUCUCCACAGGGUUGUCUAUUAUAUACUGCUUGAAAACCAUGGCCAGUCCCCUCAUCAUGGAGCCCUUGCCCGGGCCAAAUUCAACUACACGGAAAAUCUUGUCUUUGACCUUGAAAUCAGGAUUGUGUCGACUCUGGUAUUGCAAUUGGGCCAGAAACAUUCGCACAAAGGCCAGUCCGCAGGUCAUCCCAUACGCGACAGAUAUCUCCGGCGCGGUAAUGAAGUCGCCGCUAUUUUUAUCUAAAGGGUCUUUGUGUAUGUAAUAGCCGUGUUCAGGGUGCGUUAGACAUGUCCUCAUGAACUUUGACAGGCUGAUGGGUCCAAUGGUUUUAAUGGUGUCCUCUAUGAUCGUUUCUAAAGGCGUGGAUCCAGAUACUGUGGCUAUGAAUCGUCUUGCAGAGAACGGUAGCAACCGGCAGGCCGCUCUGUGUCUGGCUCUUGUGAACAU